UGUUGCAACAACAUGCAGCUACUUUAACAGAAGAAGGACCGAAAAGGAUUGAUCUUCUCAAGGGUUUCAAGAUUAGGACUCAAUAUUCAAUGAGCAUGUCAAAUUGUCACCCGUACCAGCGGUGAUCAUCAUCGCAAGAUGGUCAAAAGUGUCAUGGUCGCCUACGCCCUGUGGGCAGUGGGUGGUCUUUUCGGCCUUCACCAUUUCUAUUUAGGAAGGGACAGCCAGACUCUGUUAUGGAUCCUAACCCUGGGAGGUUUCGGAAUAGGCUGGAUCAGAGACUUGAUAUGUAUUCCAACAUAUGUCACUGAAGCCAAUCAAGAUGCAGAGACGAAGAAGAGAAAAGCCUCCAACAUGCUCCAUCCACCAGUGAACCCAGUUCGAUUUGCUGGCCAGGUGUGUGUUGGGGUCUACUUUGGCACUGUGGCAUUGAUUGGCCUGAGCUCCCUCAGGUUCUUCGAUUUGAUCGUUCUGCCUUUAUGUGUGGCUGCUGGGGUGCACCUGGUGUCCACUGUUGGCCAACAGACCUCUCAUCUCCCCAAAACGCUCAUAGCUAGUCUUAUAACAUCCCCGAUAUUCUAUGGCAGCACUUUAUCCCCUCUGCCCAUUAGCCUGGCAGCCAGUGUCACUGCCACACAGCAUCGCAAGUACAAGAAACCACCAGCAGCAGGAAACACACAAGAACUCGGCCCACGGCUUUGCAGGCUGAGUUUGGCUUGGCUGGCCUUUUCUGCUCCAUUGGCGUACUGUGUUUUCCAUAAUACCACCGCCACAUUGUAUUACCUGUCUGACUGUGUGGCAGCACUGUUGGAUAUGUUCUGGUUCCUCCCUUGGCUUCGAAGUGUGCUGGAGUACAUUCUUUUAAUGCCAUAUCGCUUCAUGUGUGUCUUGACUGGAGGCGGCUAUUAUGAAGAAGCCUGGACAAAGAUGCUGGAAAUACUCCUGAAAGACUACAAUGAGCAGGAGAAAGAGGCACUGAAGGUUUUAUCGCUGGGAGGUCAGGCCUCUCUUGAAGAGAUAACUCGUGGCUAUAGGGAGCUUGCCAAGACAUGGCACCCAGACCACAACCCCAGCAAGGAUUCUGAGGCCAUGUUUGUCAAGAUCCAUGAGGCCUAUGAGGUUCUUCUACGGCGUCACAGGCCCAGGCGCUUCACAUAGUUCCUGAGAAUAAGUUGGCACAGGCAUACCCUACUGUAAUUUUCAUUAUCAGUGGGGAAAAAAAUGGUCAACUUCCCAUCUUACGUGACAACCUUUUAAUUGUCAAACUAUUUUACAUCACAGUCUGAAUUGAUUUGGUUAACUUGAGCUGUUAUUAGGAACAAAAUGUACUAAUCAUUUCAAACAGCUUUAUUUACACACUUGAGGGCCAUACACAGCCAAAAAGAUACCCAGUAUAUUAAAAGCAACCAGGUACAAAUUCAUAAAUAUGAACAUCAAAUUCCUUCCUACAGCCAGCAAAGUACUGACUUUAAAAACAGUGACUCGUCCCGUGCAGGUCUAUUGAGAAAACGGUACUUUGCUUCCCUCUUGUGGCGCUGUAUCCACCCAUGAACUAUUUUAUGUCACCAAUGUACAGCAUUGAAUAUUGUAUACAUUGCUGGAUACUAUCUUGUCUUGUUUGCCAUAUAUUGUUACAGGUGCAGGGUUUUGUAUUUUUCAGAUGUUCAGAUCAAUAUUAUUUAAUGUAUAAUUUAAUGAUGUGGUACUACUAAUAAAAUAAACCACAUAAACAAAAAGCCAAUCAGCAGUCAAAUGAUCAGACCCUCCGAGAAUGUUUGCCUUGAUUUUAAGGCCUACUAAUCCAUUUGCAUCCACAUAUUAUGCAUAUCGAUGCAUUCGAUAACCGCAGCCCGGAAGUUGUUUGGGGUUCCCAGGUAAAAAAAAAAAAAAAAAAAAAA